GGCGACCUAGUUAUCAAGCGGCUAAGGUAGUUCCGCAGAUACGGUACGAGUUGACUUCAACGAUGAAGGCGAUUCUUGCCACUUUCGCCUUUAUUGUGGCAGUAUUUGUGAUUUUGGAUACAGGUUCCGCCAUCAAGUGUUUCCAGUGCAACUCCUACCAUCAGCAUGACUGUGCCGACUGGUUCGACAACGUCACACAACAUCUGACGCAGUGCCAAGAUAAUGAAAACCUUUGUCGAAAGGUUGUGCAAGAAGUGUAUUUUGAUGGAGCGUGGGAGAUCCGCUACGUCCGACAGUGUGCUAGUGCUGGGGAGAUCGGGAUGUACGAAGGACGGGUGUGUCAGGAGCGUCUCGGGACGUACCGCGUGAAGAUGCGCUACUGUCACUGUGACAACCAGGAUGGCUGCAACAGCGGUGCAACUUUGACAACAUUGACACCAGUCAUUGUGGGGAUAUUUGUGACAUUUUUUCAGUAUGUGCUACCAAAGUUAUGAAGCUAAAACAUUUUGGAUCUUUCCUUGGGGAAUCAGUAGAUCUAUGCAAGUCUUGUGAAAACAAAGUCUGAAAAACACAAGAUGAAUAAGGUGAUAUGGAAGAUUGAAAGAAACAGAUGUCUACACAAUCACUGACCAAAUAAAGUGAUCAUGGUGUGUAAAUGCAUGUCAACUGAGAAAUUUGUUUUCCGGCAGAUUUCACUUAAAAUUUUAUAAUUUAAUAAUUGUUGAAAUAUUGAUGAAAGUAUCAAAGUCAUAUCUUAUCAGAUCACAUGAAACCAAAUAAUGUGACAUAAGUAUUUUCAUUAUUUUCGAUCAUAUAAAAUGUUUUUGUCCCAUUUUAUGUUAUAACCAUAUUACUGUGAGAGGGGUUCUACUUCCGUGUAGUACACUUUAUAGCUAGAAAGUUCUUCAUGUUUUACCGUACUCUGUAAUUACCACUUGUGAGAAAGAGUCAUGUCCUACUAUACAACAAACCAGAGCCAUUAAUUCACCAAGAUUCAUGAUCAUUUCUGGGAUUUUAACAUGUUAACAAUUGAGAAAAAUAAGAAUCAGUUAAGGUCUAAUCAGACAAGAACUAUCCUGUCUAUAGUCGGCCAUUAUCAUGAUUGCUCAUGCCCUCCCUGUCAUUGACCUGUUGUAUAUAGCGGUCCCUGUAUAUUUGUACAUUUGAUAUACCCUUUUGAUCAUAUCAUUUAAUCAAACAUGAACAUUCUUUAUCCAUAUGCCUUUAGGUUAGGUGACCAUUUAAUUCUUGUGAAUAAUUUACCAUUAUAAGGUUUUAUUAGUUCAAGUGAAUACGAUUACCAGAAAUGAUUUUCACCACUGUUCGUAUUAGGCCAACACUUUGGAAAAGUGGUUUCCACACAUCACAGUCUGAUUUGAGGCUAUGAUAACAGUUAAGAUACAUAUAUAUGGUCCCUCUCUUGCCUGUCAUAAGACUAAAAUAUGUUCAUUCUGUUCAUAUAGUCUACUUUAGUUAUUGCAUUCCAAGCACUAGGGAGUUUACCUGCAUGGUAUAAACAUUAUUUGUUAAGUGAUGUAUCAUACAUCAUGUAUGGCAGUAUCUGAGGCUGUACUGUAUGUCAUAUAGUUUUAUAUAUGUAAUGGCAUAUACAGUGUUUUACAAAUAAAAUGUGCCUUUUAGUAAUUUUAUCUUUAUAAUAAAUGAUAAUUUUGUACAUGA